AUGUCCAUGAGGGUGACCCAGAAGUCCUACAAGGUGUCUACCUCUGCCCCCAGGUCCUUCAGCAGCCGCUCCUACACCAGCGGGCCCGGCUCCCGCAUCAGCUCCUCGGCCUUUUCCCGAGUGGGCAGCGGCAGCAGCUUUCGGGGCGGCCUGGGCACCGGCAUGAGCAUGGCUGGAAGCUACGGUGGGGCCCCAGGUCUGGGGGGCAUCACAGCUGUCACCGUGAACCAGAGCCUGCUGAGCCCCCUCAAGCUAGAGGUGGAUCCCAACAUCCAGGCCGUCCGCACCCAGGAGAAGGAGCAGAUCAAGACCCUCAACAACAAAUUUGCCUCCUUCAUCGACAAGGUGCGGCACCUGGAGCAGCAGAACAAGGUUCUGGAGACCAAAUGGAACCUCCUGCAGCAGCAGAAGACUGCCCGGAGCAACAUAGACAACAUGUUUGAGAGCUACAUCAACAACCUCCGUCGGCAGCUGGAAACUCUGGCCCAGGAGAAGCUGAAGCUGGAAGUGGAGCUUGGCAACAUGCAGGGGCUGGUGGAGGACUUCAAGACCAAGUAUGAGGAUGAAAUCCAAAAGCGCACAGACAUAGAAUGAAUGUCAUCAUCAAGAAAGGAUGUGGAUGAAGCACAUGAACAAGGUAGCUAGUCCCGCCUGGAAGGGCUGACUGAAGAUCAACUCUACAGCAACUAUGAAGAGGUACGUUUCCGUGAGAUAGUCGUGAGGAGCUGCAGACACUGGCUGGGAAGCACGGGGAUGACUUCGUCGCACGAAGACGGAGAUUUCUGAGAUGAACCAACAUCAGCCGUCUCCAGGCUGAGAUCGAGGGUCUCAAAGGCCCAGAGGGCUUCCCUGGAGGCUGCCAUCGCUGACGCUGAGCAGCGUGGUGAGAUGGCUGUCAAGGAUGCUCAGGCCAAGCUGGCCGAGCUGGAGGCCGCUCUGAGGAACGCCAAGCAGGACAUGGCGCGGCAGCUGCGCGAGUACCAGGAGCUCAUGAAUGUCAAGCUGGCCCUGGACGUGGAGAUUGCCACCUACAGGAAGCUGCUGGAGGGCGAGGAAAGCCGGCUGGAGUCUGGGAUGCAGAACAUGAGUAUCCACACCAAGACCACCAGUGGCUAUGCAGGUGGACUGACUUCGUCCUAUGGGACCCCUGGCUUCAACUACAGCCUGAAUCUGAGCUCUGGCGGGGGCCCCGGCUCCUUCAGCCGCACCAGUUCCAAGGCUGUGGUUGUGAAGAAGAUUGAGACCCGCGAUGGGAAGCUGGUGUCCGAGUCCUCUGAUGUCCUGUCCAAGUGA